AGCUCUUGAAACGGACGCAGAAGUGGAUGCCGCCGCCGCGCACGCGCAGCCAAUAAAUCGCAGCAACAACGAAGUGUGUUUUGUGUUUGUGUGCUUUUGUUUUGUGUUAUGCCAUGCACAACGCUUGGUCGUAAAAGCAGAGAAAACCAAAAAAAUCGAAAACCCCAAACAAAAUAAGUUUGCCGGAUCGAAAAACCCACUUCUUAUAAUUUGAAAACGAUAUCAAGCGCCUUCAUCGGCUACAGAAACCAGCAUGAAAGGCUGGUUUGACGCGUUUCGAGACGAUGGGGGACCAACGCUAUACUCUUUCUCAAAUCGGACGCCCGUCACCGGGGAUGUGUCUAUAGUGGCCGUAUCCGUAUUAUUUGCCACAUUUUAUGUGGCAUUUUUGGUCAUAUUCCCCGGUGUACGAAAGCAGAAAUUUACAACAUUCUCGACAGUCACACUGAGUCUUUUCGUGGGCCUGGUCAUACUAAUUGCCCGUCUGGGAUCCGCGUGGCAUGUGGCACAUGCAACUAUCAUCGCACCGUACAAAGCCUUCUCACGCGAGAAGCUCCCAGCUCGCAUCGGCACCCACAUUGGCCUCAUGCAUUGCAACGUGACGCUGACGGCGAUUCCCAUUGGAAACUACACACCGCCGGACAUAGACUACAAUGAACGUUUUACCUGGGAAGGUGCCAAUGACAUGAGUGCCAACUAUCGUCAGGCCCUGCAGCGUGGCCUGCCCUUUCCCAUCCUGACCGUGGCGGAGUACUUUAGCCUGGGCCGUGAGGGCUUCUCCUGGGGUGGACAGUACCGGGCUGCCGGUUAUUUUGCCAGCAUCAUGCUCUGGGCUUCGCUGGCCUCGUGGCUCCUGAUGAACCUGCUGCUAAUAGCUGUGCCCCGCUAUGGAGCGUAUAUGAAGGCUCUGACUGGAGCUUUGCUGGUUUGUACCACCAUUGGAUACCAUUGCCUGAUGCCAAAGCGACCCUUGUGCAUUCACCUGGAGGGCGGACGACUGGAGUUUCACUUUGGCUGGUGCUACUGGCUGGUUCUGGUGGCAGGCAUUCUCUGCUUCAUAGUGGGUGUCCUGAUCUCCAUCAUUGACCUGGUCUGGCCGCAUACUUUCUCCACUGUUCUCGAGGUUUAUUAUGGCACUCCCUACGAUCGCCAUGUGAUCCUGGAGGAGUCCAGCGAUGUGCGUUAUAGAAAACCAAGAAACAGUCGCGGCUUGGAGGAUCCUCCCGGCCUAGGAUCUCGCAUCCUGCGUCGCCUUAGCUCCAAGGCUCGAGACAUGCAGCAGGGAGCGGCACCGCGACGGGAUAGUCCUGCCGGUGUGUCAGGCAGUGGAGGUGUGGAGAACAAGGCCUUCCAGUCGGAUGCCCCCAAGAGUCCUUGGAGAUAUCCCUUCCGCAGGGCACAGCAGCAUCAGCAGCAGCAGCACUCGCAUCCGCUGCACCAGCAUCCGUUGCAGCAGCAUCAUCAGCACCACCAGCAUCACCACCAGCAGCAGCUGCAAUUUGUCGGUGGUUCGGUGGUGCAGCAUCCCAUGCAUCAUAUGCAAAGGACAAUGUCCCAGGACUCUGGUUCCAGCAUCGCCUCGGCAGCUGUGCAAAUCUCACCGCUGCACAAGCAUGCCAUGGCGCGAAUGUUGCCAAAUCCCCCCGUGGAACGUAUUAGGGACAUGGAUCACUGGUGAUUGCCAUUGGACAAACCAUAAAAAUCAAACAUUUUUAUUGGGCUACAUUAAUUCUUGGACUUGACUAAUUGGAAGUAAUUUUUAAAAACACUUGAUGACAAAACAAUUUGUGAUAAUUUCUUAAUUUAAACAAAAGCAAAUCCAGCACGACGUAUAGAAGCAAACAAAUUCAAUUAUAAUAGACAAGAUCACAUAAUGUUGAUAUGAAGAACAACAAUUAUAAACCUAAAUUAUUAUUAAAAUCUAUAUAUUUAAAUGAUAAAUUAUUUAGUACUAAGAUAAUCAAUUAUAAUUACGAUGAAAUCAUGUGAAAAAGUUUAAACAAAUUUAGGAACCAAUACGUUUUUUUUUAGUGAUGUUCAUUUGUGAUAAGACAAUCCUGCCACACACGCGCACAGAAGCAGAUACUUUUUAGGAGUUACGACAAGAACCAGAUGUUUAUGUUUAAUGACUAAUUUAUUAUUUUGUAGUAUGAAUUCAAUGCCAGUGUCUCUAAUGAUUAAGUCGAAAAUGUGUAAAAUCUUUAUAAGUUCUAUAUGUAAGCCUUUACGAUGUCAAAGAAAUUUGAAGACAAAUGAUGA